AGAACUAUAAUGGCACUAACAAUAACAAUGCAUUAUUUCUAUAGCGCCAUGUCCAUUAGCUCAUGACGUUUUACAACACUUUGCAGAGAAACUUGGUCAGACUGCAUUGAGCAGUUAACAAUUUUGAAUGAAGGUUUUGCAGAUGUCCUCAAUUUCGGACUCGAAUCUACACCAAAGCACUGUGAGCAAUGAUCCCUUCUCUUUGUGAGAGAUGACGCAGGUGAUUGGGCCUACCAUUUAUUGUCCUUAUCUGAGAAGACUGAACGUGUAAUCCUUUGCAGAUGUCAAAGCAAAGGCCAGCACAUUCUCCCCAAUCAUUCUAAGACGCUGAGAGUUGAUCUGGUCUGGAGCUUGAACCCUCGACCUACCGUAGGGAAUGGCAGUACGUCCGGUGCUCUACAAUCUGAGCUAACUAGAACAGGUUAACAACUUCCUCACGGAAACGUUUGCGUGGGAGAGUCUUGCGGAAGCGUUUGGUCGUGUUAGUGGCAACAGCUUUAAGUAAACUUCCAAACUGAAUACAUUGACUAAAAACGCGAAAGCGAUGUUUGUCAGAACUAAACCUGGGGCCAUGCAAGUCCACAAGGAUGCCAAACAAGAUAAACGAGCAGGACUUGUAGCGGGCAGCUGGCUCGGAGAUGUAAAGUACAAUUGAAAUGGGUUCCUUCGCGACAGCCCGUGAAAACAUCGAAUUUCCUCAGUGAAUACUUUAAUUUCAAAACAUCCAGCCUCUUUUGUGGAUUACCCGCGAUCGAAUGACUUAGUUUGGGGCAAGACAUCAGUGCAAAGGUGGGACGUAAAAAGAGAUUUCAGCCGCACUUCAGCAAACGGUUUUUAAGUCGGUACCGACGAAUCUAUUGCCGGGAGGUAACCCUGCGAUGGACUACCAUCCCACCCAGGAGGUUGGUAAAUCAUCAACAUAGAUAACGAGGAUAAUGGACGUGUUUGCUUUCUUCUGAUUGGUUUUAUAACUAACACGUUUAUUUCUUACUUGACGGUUUUAGUAAGUAUACAAACUUGUCCUUAAAAUGGCGAGCUGGUAAAUAAGAAUUGUUGGGUUUUAAAUCGCAAUGAUGAUGCCCUCGAUCAAGAUUUUCUUCGGUCCACCUCGAGAAGGAUAAAGUCUGCAAAAAGACCCAGUAGGAAAAGAUUUUAAAUUUUUUUCUGUAAGCUGAUUUUAGGAACGAAGAUCUUGCACUUCCAGCCAACUGGAAGGAUUUUCUCCCCAUGAUGUAGGACGAGAAAAUCAUCAAUAAGACCUAAAAAAAAAAUAAAUAAAAAGGGGCCUGGUAGUUAGCUUGACUCGUCCUGUGUUCCACAGAAUUAUACGUUUAUCGAGUGGUCUCCAUUACAAAAAGUAAUUUUUCUUUCUACGCGGCGGGCUAUCUAUUAUUGAAGUGCGAAAUUUUGGCGUGCGUCUAUUUCCUGUAAACAAAGAGAAGAUGAAGUGUUCUGCUUUUCUACUCUUAACAUACAGUGACAAAAAAAUUUGAAUACUGCCGAAGGGACACAUAGUUUAAAGAAAAUGCCCUGAGAUAAGCAACUGCGAAGUCGUAAAACGGACCCGUUGAAUCAGAUUUUGUCAAUGAUAUUGCUUUGUUUUUCUCAGUUAAAGGAAGCACCUUCUGGAGCUUGAGGAUCUUUUAGUCGAGGGAAAUGCAAAUCUGGAUUUACACGGUUUUUAUAACCACAUGGUAUGGAUGCUUGAAUGUUGUAUACUGUCGGGCAGUAAAGCCGCCUUUUUCAUCCGGGACAUCCGUUAUCGCGCAGAGGACGGUCGUAUCAGCUACACCAACAAUAUCGGUCGACACAUGGAGAGUAACCGCAAGUGCAGCACAAAUUCCAGGGAGUUGGAGCGUUUCGGCCACAGCUUCUCUUCACGCAGCAGUAACUACCAACAAGGAAAUUCAUUUCCAAUCUCAGAGUGAGGCAAACACCCUCUUCGCGACUGAACCUCGUCCUGAAAUAGAGAUUAAGCAGGCUGAGCCUCAUACUGAAGGAGAGGCGCUGGCAGAGGGUGAGUCAACUUCAGAGGCAAUAAGUGAACAAGCAGGAGAAUCCGAGCCAUAUACAGAACCUGAAACUUGGCCGGAGCCAGGGCCAAGGUGGAGUGAAGCCUUUGAAAAAUGGAAGGCAGCUUGGUACAUUCAUGUUUACUUCUUCGCCAUCGCAUUUCUUGCAAUUGGAUUUUAUGCUGGUUAUUACGUCAUCUUGAACAUUUACGACGGCUUAGGAGGAAAAUACUUAAGUGUUUGUUUAAACGGCAUGGUGCUCUUGUUUGGUACAAGCAGGGCCUUUGUACUGUUUUUGGAUCCGUAUCAUCAAGGGGGCUUAAUAAAGGCUCUUUUCACAAUGCGCCUCUUAUGGUCCAUUGGCGGUCCUUGUCUCACCGCUUCUGACUCCCUCAUAAUAUUAGCUCUGGUAGAAACCGCUCGUGUGUCCAUUGCCCCUCCGAGAUUUCAGAAGCUUGGAACAAUUUCAAUCGUGAUUACAUUCCAUUUUGUACUCGUUAUCGUUUCGGACUCAAUCGUCUCAACUUACAUGGAAGCGAAAAUCAUGAUUUUACUAUGUCAGUUAUUCUUCUCCAUAUGGGGAAUUACAUUGGGUGCCGGAUACGCAAACCUUGCGUACAAACUCGACAAGCAACUCUUCAGUCAUAAACAGAUCAAGGAAAAAGGUGAUAAAAUUUAUAUAUUUCUCAUUUACGCCUCUGCCGCGGCGAAUUUUUUCAUUUGCGGCGUUAUGAUCUACACCGCAGUCGGUGUAUUUGGUGUAUAUACAGACAUUGAGUACGUGGACGCCUGGCACUGGUGGACGUUGCAAACUUUAUUUCGUACCGGGGAAGUUAUAACCUGCGUUUUAAUUUUCACGGUUAGUGCCAAGAGAUCACGUGUAAAGAGAGCUGCAGAUGAAGUUUCUGAGUUCGAUUCGCGGUCCCAAACGUUCGAUCCGAUGGACGGGUGUUCUGCGUUUCGAAAAGUUCGAUCGUUUUUCGACAGAUUUAGAAAACGGGCAACGAUUUCUGAUAUCGCAGAUGCGUUUAAAGACGAUUCAGAAACCACUGUUGGGGUCAAUAGAAGUAGCUUUAAAAGGAGAACUGCCAGUAAAGGCAACGAUGAUGAUGAUGUACUUCCACCCGUUUUUGAAGCAUUUCAAGAGAGAGGCAGGGGGAGAAGGCAAGAUUUGUUUUCUCAUAUGCGUGUGGCGACCGUCGAAAACCAAAUUGCACAGCUCGAUACAAUGGCUCCAGCGGUUGCUCCUAGACCAAGGAGGGGACGAAGGCAGAGUUUAUUUUCUGCGAUGCAUGAGGCUAGCAUAAACAGCGCUAUUUCCUCGUUUGCUCAGCAUAUAACUGAGGCCAGCGAAGAACCCACAAAAUGCGAGUCUUUCGAAAAGGAUGGGGAGCUGAACGAGGAGCCAAAACCUCCACCUCGAAGAGGUCGGCGGACCAACAUUUUCUCGAAUCUUCCGGAAACAAAACCGGAAGUGAAAAAUCCUCGUCGAGGCAUGAUGGAGGAUAUUGCUGAGGAGUCAACUGUUUACGAAGGGGAGGGUGACGCGACUAGGAAACGCCCACCGCUUUUCAAAAUGCGAAGCUCAGACAGAAUGCGCCACUUAAUUUUAACAUGGCUCUCGCGAUCCAAAGGUUCUUCCGAUGAACCGAAAGACAUUGCUGAAGAAGAAGAACCUAAAAUUGACCAAGAUGAGAAAUCUGGGACAGAUUCCCUUCCCACAGAGAAUUGUUGAUGACCUUGUGACAAAUUUGAUGGUAAAUUGCCAUUUUUGUGGGUUCCUUGUGAAUAAAUGCAUACUGACCCACACAAACCCUGUGUCUCUUUUAUGAGCAGUUUUAAACGUAGAUCCCCUUAAGUGUUGUUGAAUUAAUCUCUGCCUGAUCCUAUUUGAUCCACAUUACAUUUCUUUAAAAUAAAAUUGCGGAAAACUUGUGUUUCAUAUCUUGCAGCUUUAAGACCGAAUUACUUACUCAUGUUUUUAAAGGGUUGGAAGUUGUAAGGUGGAUGGGGGACUUAACGUAUUUCUUCAGUAGUGUCAAAGCAGUCCAUAACACAGCCAGUUUCAGGUUAAAGAAAAGUGGAAACAAAGGGGGUGUUAGAAUUUUUUUAUGACAGCAGGAAUGCUAAU